UGUCCAAGUCACACAGAGCCACAGAGUCUCACAGGUGUCUGAGAAUUCCUCCUCCUGGGACUCUCAGGGGAUCCAGAACUGCAGCCGGUCCUUGCUUUGCUGUCCCUGUCCCUGUCCAUGUAUCUGGUCACGGUGCUGAGGAACCUGCUCAUCAUCCUGGCUGUCAACCCUGACUCCCACCUCCACACCCCCAUGUACUUCUUCCUCUCCAACCUGUGCUGGGCUGACCUCGGUUUCACCUUGGCCACGGUUCCCAAGAUGACUGUGGACAUGCAGUCACAUAGCAGAGUCAUCUCUCAUGUGGGCUGCCUGACACAGAUGUCUUUCUUGGUCAUUUUUGCAUGUAUAGAAGACAUGCUCCUGACCGUGAUGGCCUAUGACUGCUUUGUAGCCAUCUGUCGCCCUCUGCACUACCCAGUCAUUGUGAAUCCUCACUCUCUGUGUCUUCUUCAUUUGGUGUCCUUUUUCCUUAGCCUGUUGGAUUCCCAGCUGCACAGUUGGAUUGUGUUACAAUUCACCUUCUUCAAGAAUGUGGAAAUCUCUAAUUUUGUCUGUGAGCCAUCUCAACUUCUCAACCUUGCCUGUUCUGACAGUGUCAUCAAUAGAAUAUUCAUGUAUUUCGAUAGUACUAUGUUUGGUUUUCUUCCCAUUUCAGGGAUCCUUUUGUCUUUCUAUAAAAUUGUCCCCUCCAUUCUAAGGAUGUCAUCAUCAGAUGGGAAGUAUAAAGCCUUUGCAACCUGUGGCUCUCACCUGGCAGUUGUUUGCUUAUUUUAUGGAACAGGCAUUGGCGUGCACCUGACUUCAGCUGUGGCACCACCCCCCAGGAAUGCUGUGGUGGCGUCAGUGAUGUACGCUGUGGUCACCCCCAUGCUGAACGCUUUCAUCUACAGCCUGAGAAACAGGGACAUUCAAAGUGCCCUGCGGAGGCUGCGCAGUACAACAGUCGAAUCUCAUGAUCUGUUCCAUCCUUUUUCUUGUGUGGGUGAGAAACGGCAACCACAUUAA